GUACCCGCCCUUCCACGCGCUCAACAACCGUGCCAAGCAGCAACUCAUUCUCAACGUCAGUCCCCCCUCCUCCUCCCUGCGCCUCUCAUGCCUAAUCCUUCCCUUCCUGCUGCAACAAGCGAGUUUUGACUUUGAGGAGGCGACAUGGAGGAGCAUAUCGCAGUCCGCCAAGCAGCUCGUCACCAGCCUGCUCACCGUCGACCCCUCCAAGCGACCCACCGCUGCUGAGCUGCUGCUGCACCCGUGGGUGAAGGGCGACGCAGCGAGGCAGGAGCCGAUGGAGCCAGAGGUGUGCCGGCGCCUGCUCACCUUCAACGCACGCCGCAAGUUCCGAGCGGCGGCGUAUGCGAGCAUCGUGAGCAACAAGCUCAUGCUGCGCACACGGGCGCUGCGGAACAUACUGGGUGGAUUCGACACACUCAAUGAGACGGAGCUCAAGGACCUGCACACGCACUUCAAGAGAAUAUCGUCGAGUGGCACGAGUGUGACAGUGGCGGAGUUUGAGGACGUGCUGAGGGCCAUGGGCAUGGGCAGCCUGGUGCCGAUGGCGCGGCGCGUGUUUGAGGUGUUUGACAGCGACAAGAACGGCUCCGUCGACAUGCGGGAGAUCGUCUGUGGCCUCGCUGCCUUCCGCAAGUCCCAAGGCGACGACGCCCUGCGCCUCUGCUUCAAGGUGCGCCUCUGCUUCAAGGUGCGCCUCUGCUUCAAGGUGCGCCUCUGCUUCAAGGUGCGCCUCUGCUUCAAGGUGCGCCUCUGCUUCAAGGUGCGCCUCUGCUUCAAGGUGCGCCUCUGCUUCAAGGUGCGCCUCUGCUUCAAGGUGCGCCUCUGCUUCAAGGUGCGCCUCUGCUUCAAGGUGCGCCUCUGCUUCAAGGUGCGCCUCUGCUUCAAGGUGCGCCUCUGCUUCAAGGUGCGCCUCUGCUUCAAGGUGCGCCUCUGCUUCAAGGUGCGCCUCUGCUUCAAGGUGCGCCUCUGCUUCAAGGUGCGCCUCUGCUUCAAGGUGCGCCUCUGCUUCAAGGUGCACCUCUGCUUCAAGGUGCGCCUCUGCUUCAAGGUGCGCCUCUGCUUCAAGGUGCGCCUCUGCUUCAAGGUGCGCCUCUGCUUCAAGGUGCGCCUCUGCUUCAAGGUGCGCCUCUGCUUCAAGGUGCGCCUCUGCUUCAAGGUGCGCCUCUGCUUCAAGGUGCGCCUUUGCUUCAAGGUGCGCCUCUGCUUCAAGGUGCGCCUCUGCUUCAAGAUGUACGAUGCGGAUGACUCAGGAUACAUUUCAAAGGACGAGCUUGCUGCUAUGCUCAAGGCGCUACCGGAGGACUAUCUACCCCCGGACAUCCUAGAGCCGGGCAUACUGGACGAGUUCUUUGACCGCAUGGACGCCAACUGUGACGGGCGGCUCAGUUUCGACGAGUUCAAGGCCGCCAUCCACGCCGACCACUUCCUCGUCGACGCGCUCCUGCAGCCCGCCCGCGGCGAGUCGCCCGCCGCCCGACCGCCGCCCAAAGGGGAGUCUCCGCUGUUCCGCCAACACCAGUGGUGA